ACAGCUCAACAAAACCGGAUAGGGCUGUAGCUAUGGCAACUGGAAUUUUAGCUAGCUAGUCUAGUUCAAUUAUCACGGAAGUACAGUUAAUUCAGUAUAACAUAUCUUCGAAGGGAAAUAUUUACCAGCUGGAAAUUCAGUACUCAUUGCUACCCUAGUAACCACCGACUUGAGUUGCCGUAAACAAGUUAACUAACGUUAGUUAGUGACAAGUAAAUGGGUAUGGCUAACGUGCAUGGUGCAAACCGUGUAUUUCCGAUACAUUAUAUAGCUAGCUAGUCUAGAUUAAACAUUUGCUAAACCUGACCUUUUGUAUUAAUGAAUGCGUUAGCUAGCUACACUAACGCACCAUUGUAUCAACGUUGUAUAUCUGCGUUGGAUUUAAUGGACAAUUGUAUAAAACAGGAGUCCAACUGCUUUAGCUAAGUUUAUGUCAGUCAGGAAGACCAACAAACAUACGGAAAACAUAAUCUCUUCCGGAGUCACUGACUGUGGGCGAUAGAAGAACUGCCGGGUGAUCUUAUGAUGUCAGUUGUUGCCGGUAGUUAUGGUGUCUUUCACGGAAAUUCUGUGCCUCACGCUGGUGGCCGUCUUGUGGGGAGGCACGAAUCCUUUCCUGAAAAAGGGCACGGAAGGGAUUGAGGAAGUGAAAAAGACCAACGUCGUACUUCAGUUCUUGGGAGAGUUGAAGUUUCUGUUCCUCAACAUGAAGUACUUGGUGCCGUUCGUGUUGAAUCAGAGCGGGUCCGUGGUGUAUUACUUCACACUGGCAACUACAGACCUGUCCCUGGCUGUGCCUGUGGCCAACUCCCUCACCUUCCUGGUCACGCUCCUCACCGGGAUGAUCCUGGGAGAAGAGGUGGGAGGGAAACGAGCGGUCGUGGGAAUGUGCCUAACGACGCUGGGAGUCACGCUGUGCGUGGCCAGCUCCAUCGGCGAGCCCGGCGGCGUCUCGUAGACUUCCCUCGACAGCCGGGCUAAUCGCCAUGGCAACCACCAAUCACCUUCCUGCUCCUCGCCACCAAACUCAGCCACAGUGCGAGCCAGCAGCACGCGGGGAGGGAAGGGGCCUGACACUGUGGUGCACAGGGGUGUGUGUGUGUGUGUGUGUGUGUGUGUGUGUGCGUGCGUGCGUGCGUGUACCUCAGACUGCAGCACAGAGGGGUGUGCGUGUGCGUGCGUGCGUGUGUGUGUGUGUGCGUGCGUGUGUGCACCUCAGACUGCAGCACAGAGGGGUGUGUGCGUGCGUGUGUGUGUGUGUGCGUGUGUGUGUGUGUGUGCGUGCGCGCGCGCGUGUGUGUGUGUGCGUGUGUGCACCUCAGACUGCAGCACAGAGGGGUGUGCGUG